GCUGGUACCAACACUUGACUUGUUUUUCUCAAGUUCUGACUCUCAAAGACCCGAAAACUUAAAAUGUGUCUGUUUGUCAUCAUCUUCCUGAUCCCAGAAGGUUGGUGUGAAGUAGCAGUAAAGACCGGCUAUAUUGGGGAAAGUGCAAACAUCUACUGUCCCACUCCACCGCUGUUAAGCUCAGUCCAAUUUCGCCUCUGCAAACGUAGCGAUAUCAAACAAUGUAUCGUUAUCAUUUCCACAAAUGAACAGGGGAAUCCCCAAAGCACAUUAUCCAAAUACAGAAUGACUGACAUAGGGGUUGUAGUCAUCGAUCCCGUCUCUGACAGUGACACAGGAGAGUACUGGUGCAUUUGGCAAUCAAAUGAGAACAUGGUCACUACUGCCAAAAUGCAGUUUUGGGCCAUCCCACUAACUGGAUACAUCGGGGGAGAAGUAGAGAUGAAACUGGUGUAUGGAUUUGGAUAUGAGAACAAGGGGAAGUGCGUCCAAAAACUAGGACACCCCACACCCCUCAUUUACACUCAAAAUGGCCAGCCCAGGGCCAAUAAUGCUGAGAAGUGUUUCCUGUAUGACAAUACCAGAACCAAGGAGCUUACACUGACCAUCAGAGGACUUGGAGCAGAGGAUUCUGGGAAAUACAUGUUUGGAAUAUUUGACUUCAGGUUUUUUCCUGAAUGGCCACUGGAAGUGAAAGCCUUGAUCAAUGUGAGCAACUAUGAGGGACGCAACAUUAAAAUACCCUGCAAAUCUCAAACUACCAAGAGUAUGGCGUAUCGCAAGCAUGUCUGCAGGGGAAGUGAUCCUGGGGAGUGUUUGGUGCAGGGGGCGUUGAACGACAGAUUCUCUUUGGAGGACAAUGUCGCUGAGAAAGUCUUCAUUGUGAGCAUUUACAACCUAAGAGCAGAGGAUUCUGGGAUAUACUGGUGUGUGGAGUUUACUGACAGAGGACCUGAGUUUACGUCAGCCAUUCAGUUAACUGUCAAAAAAUUUUCCCCCCAAACAGAUUCAGGUUCAGAUUCCCCACAAACAGAUUCCCCACAAACACCCAGCGGCUCAGACACCAACUCGGCCAUCUGGGUGCUGGUCCCUGUCGUGGUGCUGCUGCUGUUGGGCAUAGGCCUCCUGGUGGUGGUCAAAUACAAGAAGAAGAAAUCAGAACAACCUCCUAACUUGCCAGGCAAUCAAAUGUCCACAGAUACAGCAAGGACUAGGAAGGAGACUGUUGAUUAUGAGAACGAUGUUGUACACGCCCGUCGUAAGACUCGGGCAAACCCCCCAACACCUCCAAAUUCUGAUCCCGAGUACCAGAACUCUGACACAUCAGCCGUUCCGCUCUACCUGGCAGUGAUUCCAACAUCCACCGAGAGCGCUCCCACCAAUCAAACUCUGGACAACAAAACAGGCCGCCAAUCUGUAGCUACCUCUCAGACACUGAAUGUGAAUCCUUGCCAGAAAGUAUUUGUUUGCCACACUCCUCAUCUCAGCACCAGUCUAAAUAUACCAACAUACCAGCAACUGAAUCCAAACACGAACCAAGGGGAUUCAGGUUAUAUGUCGCUUUGAAUCCUAUAAAUUGCUCUGAACAGGCCUACUAACUAGCAUUAGAACAGCAUCUAUCCAAGAUAUGCAACGUUUUUACAUUUACUUAUCAGUCUGUUGAAUCCUGUGUUGUAUAUCAAGUGUGUGACAAACCUGAGGUAUGAAAUGAGAUGUGAAAUCAUAGUAAAUGGCACACCUUCGAUAAUAAAAGCCCUUUGACUUUCUUUGGCUAGGUGAAUGAAGCCAUUCAUUUUUUAUUGUACAUUAGUUUGUGUUUGAUUGUUUACCACACAUUAAGAAUCAACAUUUUGUCCACCACUUGACA